GGAUUGCUUAUAUUUCGGACAAACGGGAGGUUCUCUCAAUUCUGGUCACUGAAUUCUGGCCGAAGGAGACGCGAUGUGCUCCCAUCCGGCCCAUAGGACGGACGAGGAUGGACGGUGAUCAAGGGCGUAUGCCCAAUUGUAUAUGGGACAUCGAUUGAUAUCGAUUUAUCGAUACGCAAAGAACGCAUGCGUAAAUGACCGACGGCACCGUACCUCGUCUAUGCGCGAAGGAGCGGGAUCACCGUGUGGCACUCUUUGGAUGGCGGUGCUAUAUAGUAAAGCAAGUCUAGCAGAAUCCUAGAGUCAGCUCCCGGGGAGUCGGAUCGCCGCUUUACAAAAUUUUUUCUAAGCCGUGGACGGCUCGCAGCUGCGAUUGCAAAAGUUUAAUAACCAAGGCUGACAGAGUAAGAGACCUCCCCGCGUCAAUUAAACGCAGCAAUGGAGAGGCCCGUUGGCAACGAGAGGGAGGACGUUGAAAAUUCCGAAUCGGCCGUAAUCACGUCUCGCAUGAAACAGCUCGUAGAAUUGAGAAAAUCAGUCGAGAAGAGCGACAAAGAAGCGUGUUAUUGGAGGAAUAAGGUGUCACAGUUGCUUGAGAGUAACGGCAACAUCGAAGAAAAUUACGGCAAGCUGAUUCAGGAGGUGUCCGACAUUGACACGGAGAUAUCGGCAAACGCGAAGAUCCAGGCUGAGAAGAAACAGGAAUUGAGGGAUUUCCAAAGCGCGAGGGCAACCACGUCGCAUAAGCAGUGGGAUGACUGCUUAUCGGAGGCAGGAAACUACGCAAAUCACUUUUCCCAAUGGAUCACGGAAUACUCUAGAAGUGUGCUAUUGAAAGACAUUGGAAAUCAUCGCGAGGAGUGCAGAAAGGUCGGCGAUGAACUUAUGCAUCUGCAACGAGAAUUAAAUGACAUGAGGCGAGAGGGCGAUUCGGAUUAUAUCAGAGCCAAUGUCGACAUUGACGAUCUAGUGAAUCUUGACGGCGUAAUGUCCGAUGUCAAGUCGGGCAACAAUAAUCUAAUGCACGCCAUUAGAUUAAAAGAAGAUACAUUGCACAAGGUGCAGGCCAAGAUAGAACGAGGCAAACUUGCAGUUAAUAAAUACAAAACAGGCGAGAAGAACAAAAUUUUAUAACACUCUUGCGGUUUUUUAUAAUAUUUCUUAUAACAUUUUCAUAUAAAAACGUAUUU